AUGGCGCUCCUCCUUGUGACUACGCUUUGCCUCGUCCUCUCCGCUUUCGCGCAACCUUGUGUCAUCCCCCACAAACCCCAUGGGGACGACACCCCCUCCUUCCACCAUGCCCUCUCCACCUGCUCUAGCCGUACGCUGCUCUUCUCCCCCAAUACGUCCUACAACUUCUGGACGCCUCUCGGCAAUCUGAGCUUGCCCAGGGACAUGCACCAGGUGCAAGUGCAAGUUAAUGCAAGUGCAAGUGGGUACUGGCUAUAUUUUACCGGGAAGAACGUUACGCUUGUCGGGAGCGGGGAGCAGUACUGGGGAUGGAUCAAUUCCUACGGACAACAAUGGUGGGACUCAGGGAACCAGAUCGCCCGACCUCACCUUCUCGGUUUCGCCGUAACCAACGGUCAACUACUCAAUCUCAAGUUCCACCAGCCCAUAGCAUGGACCGUCUCCCUGGCUUCCGCAUCCAACAUCUACGUCCGCAACACCCUCAUCGACGCUCGUUCCACCGGUGGAUUCCCCUUCAACACCGACGGGUUUGACGCAACCGGCAGCGACCUGCUUAUCGAGGAUAGUGUCGUGCUUAACGGGGACGACGCGCUUGCAGUCGGCCAAGACAGCAUCGGCACGCGCAACGUCACUUUUUGGCGGACGUAUGUAGGCUUCCACUCGCAUGGAGCGAGCAUUGGUUCCCUGGGCAAGGAUCCUUCACAGCCAGCAAACGUCUCCGACGUCCUUAUCGAAGAUGUCUUCUUCCACAAUACGCUGUACGGCGCGAGGUUCAAGUCCUGGGUUGGGGGCACAGGGCUGGCGAGGAACGUCACCUACCGCAAUAUCGGCUGUCAGAACGUCACGUUCCCCUUGUAUAUCACCCAGAGUUAUGUAGACCAGAACAGCCCCGGAGGGGCGAGGGUCAAUAACGCUAGUGUGGUCAUGCGGGACUUCACAUACGACGGGUUCUGGGGGACGAUCAAUACCUAUCAGCCUGGGGACGAGAGCUGCAUUUCUGAUCCGUGCUGGUACUAUGAACCAGGGGCAGAUAGAACCCAAGCGAUCCUCUUCCGCUGCAACCCCGGCGCGUGCCAGGACUUUUCUGUGCAGAAUAUCAACCUCCGUCCGGAGAACGGAGUGCCGGCGACGAUCAUUUGUAACAACCCGGCUGUGAACUCGAGCAACCCAGGGUAUGAGUGCGUGAAUGGGACCUUUGUUCCGUUGUAUUAG